CUUUGUGCAUUUUUUCCUUGUCUUAACUAAGCCAUGGCUUCUAAGCUUUUCUCUUUCAUUGGGUUUUCAUUUCUCAUUCUUCUCAGUCUCCUCUCUUCUCCAUCUCAUGCAGAAAUCUCUCCCACAACUCCUCUCCCCCCAGAGACCAUUUGCAAGUCCACCCCUUAUCCUUCUUCAUGUAUAUCUGUGCUCCCUAAAGGCAAUGCCAAUGUCUAUGAUUCAGGUCGGUUUUCGAUCCGACAGUCUCUAUCCCAAUCCAAUAAAUUCUUAAAAUUAGUGGAAAAACAACUUGCACGCAGCUCCACCCUUUCACAACCCACAAUUCGCGCUCUUGAGGAUUGCAAGUUUCUCGCUUCGCAAAACGUUGAUUUCUUAUCGGGCUGCAUUGGAACUGUUAACAAGACCAGCACAGUUCUUCCUAGCUUGGAAGCCGACAACGUCCAAACAUUGCUCAGUUCCAUUCUAACAAACCUUCAAACUUGCCUGGAGGGCCUGCAAACAACAUCCUCCACUGGAAUUGUCGAUAACACAGUCCUUGACUCCCUUUCUAGUGACUCCAAACUACACAGUGUCUCUCUCGCUUUCUUCACCAACGGUUGGGUGCCGAAGCAAAGAGAUGCUACAACUUUGCAGCCCAAAAGUCAUCCAACAUUCAGGAGCGGACGCUUGCCAUUGAAAAUGUCAGACAAAACCCGGAGGAUCUACGAGUCCGCUUUGAAUAGAAGAAAACUUCUCCAGGGGGCAGAUGAAGGAGUCGUGAUCAAGGACAUCGUGGUUGUAAGUAAGGAUGGAAGCGGAAAUUUCACCAAUAUCAAUGACGCCAUUGCUGUAGCUCCAAACAACUCUGCUGCCUCUGAUGGGUACUUCUUGAUAUAUGUCACUACGGGAGUUUACGAAGAGUAUGUGUCCAUUGCAAGUAACAAAAAGUACUUGUUCAUACUUGGAGACGGUAUCGGUCAGACCAUCAUCACUGGAAAUCGAAGUGUAGGAGAUGGGUGGACUACUUUCAAUUCCGCAACUCUUGCUGUGGUGGCUCAAGGAUUUCUUGCCGUGGGCAUAACUAUCCGCAACACAGCCGGCCCAAGCAAGGGACAAGCAGUAGCACUUCGCAGUGGAGCUGAUUUGUCAACAUUUUAUAGUUGCAGCUUUGAAGGGUACCAAGACACUUUAUACACACAUUCACAGAGACAAUUCUUUAGAGAAUGUGAUAUCUAUGGCACUGUGGAUUUCAUAUUUGGAAAUGCUGCUGUUGUCUUACAAAACUGCAACAUAUAUCCUAGAUUGCCACUGCAAGGGCAAUCCGAUCCCAUCACUGCUCAAGGUCGAACCGACCUGAAUCAGAACACAGGUACUUCCAUCCAUAACUGCACUAUUAAAGCUGCUGAGAACUUGGGUAGUACCAAGACAUAUCUAGGGAGGCCAUGGAAGGAGUACUCCAGGACUGUUUACAUGCAAACUUUCAUGGACAGUCUAAUAAAUCCCGCUGGUUGGAGUGCAUGGAGUGGAGAUUUCGCCCUUAGCACUUUAUAUUAUGCAGAGUACAAAAAUACUGGUCCUGGAUCCAACACUUCCAUGAGAGUUACAUGGCCUGGUUACCAUGUGAUCAAUGCUACUAAUGCUGUUAAUUUUACUGUCGCCAGUUUCUUGCUGGGACAUAACUGGUUGCCUCAAACUGGAGUGCCAUAUACUGGUGGCUUAAUUUGA